AGACCAUGAAAAUUUUCGGAAGGCCGUCUUUUUAAGAAAAAACCUCUUUAUCACGGUAGUGUGUGAAAAUUAUGAGAAGUUUAACUGGGGUUCAGCGAUUAACCCAAUCAUACCACUUUCUCUUCAGCAAUUCAUUUCACUCUACAAAACCCACCUGCAGUAAUUUCUACAGAUCCUUUCAACCAGUUAAAAACUUCACGAUAAUGGCCUCAAAUGGAGCUGAUGAGUUCGUCAGAGGAAAUGUGUUCCCAAAUGGCGUCGCUCUCAUCACUCUCGAUCGUUCCAAAGCCCUCAACGCUAUGAACCUAGAUAUGGAUAUAAAAUAUAAGAGCUUUCUUGAUGAAUGGGAAACUGACCCAAGGGUCAAGUGCGUUCUGGUUGGAAGUAGCUCCUCUCGUGCCUUUUGUGCAGGAAUGGAUAUUAAGGGGGUUGUAGCUGAAAUUCAAAAAGACAAAAGUGGUGAUGUCAAGAUGAUUACGAGAAAAAACGAACAGUCAGAUAUGAUUGAGGUGUUCACAGCUGAAUAUUCGCUAAUAUGCAAAAUUUCUGAGUACAAAAAGCCUUAUAUCAGCUUGAUGGAUGGUAUUACAAUGGGCUUUGGGAUUGGCCUAUCUGGUCAUGGUCGGUACAGGAUCAUUACUGAGAGAACUGUCCUUGCCAUGCCAGAAAAUGGAAUUGGCUUGUUUCCAGAUGUUGGUUUUGCAUAUAUAGCUGCACAAAGUCCAGGAGAAGGGGCAGUAGGGGCUUACCUUGGACUGACUGGAAAUAGGGUAUCAACUCCAGCUGAUGCUAUAUAUGUAGGCCUCGGAACACAUUAUGUGCCUUCUGGGAACUUGGAUGCAUUGAAGAAAGAUCUAUUAGCAGCCACCUUUUCCGAGGACCCAGAUCAGGAAAUCAAAGCAAUGCUGGAACAAUAUAGCACAAACCCGGAGUCUGAACCUCGUCUGAAGUUGCUUUUACCUCGGAUAAUUUCAACUUUUGGAGGUAAUAAGUCUGUUAAGGAGAUGAUCGAGGAGCUGGAAAAACAUCAGGAAAGUACCGAUACCUUGGUGGCUGAGUGGGCAAAGGAUGCCUUGCAAGGGCUCAGUAAAGGAGCCCAUUUUUCACUUUGCCUCACACAAAAGCAUUUCUCAAGAGUUGCAUCUGCUAGAGGAAAAAGUGACCAAGAUUUGUCUAAGCUGACUGGUGUGAUGAAAGCUGAAUAUCGCAUAGCUAUAAGGUCGUCUCUUCGAAAUGAUUUUGCUGAGGGUGUUAGGGCUGUCUUGGUGGAUAAAGAUCAGAACCCAAAAUGGAAUCCUUCAAGCUUGGAAGAAGUGAAAACCGAUGAAGUAGAAUCUCUUUUCGAACCCUUGAGUUCAGAAGAAGAAUUGCGUGUGUGAGUCGUGGGCUUGCAAUUCUCGCACCUUCGUGCAUGAAGAGAUCAAUGGCUUCUUAUUUGGAUGUACCAAAGCUAUGUGUCGAUGGUUGGCUCCUGUUGAUUCUAUCCUGCCCAAUAGGUGCAAAUAAACAAUAAAAGGCAGAAUUCGGACUCUCUCUUUUUUUUUUUUUUCGGUCCUUUUUUAAGGACAGUGUGUGAUGGCUACAGGUUCAUGAUAUGGCUGCCCUUCGUUCUUAUUAUAUUUGAUUCCCGGAAUAGUCUACUAGACAAUAUUGAUAGUACGAUGCAUAAGAUUAUGUUAGGAUUUGAGAUAUGCAAGUGGUGGUGAUUCAACAAA